AGAUGCUUCUGGAAAAUUGAUACCAAAUUGUCUACUCCACAAAUAUCCACUCCUCUUGUUCUUCAACAAUCCAUAUUCAAUUAUUUCCUAUUCAUUUAUUUAGCUGCUGUACAUGAUUUAUGCGAGUUAUAUAAAUUAUUGUGUGCAUAGGGAGUUAUAUAAAUUAUUGUUCAUUAGCCGACUCGAACCGUACAUUUAUAAAGAAAGUGUGAAUAAACAAACUACACAUAGCCUGUAGUGUGUGUGUUCCUGAAGCUGCAAUGUCACCAAAAACCCUAGAUUCACGUCACACCAUUGAAUCCUGUACGUAUCAUCUCCAUUCAUGGAAGCCCUUUCAGCUCCCAAACCCUAAUCCCAAAACCCUAGAUUCCUCCGAUUCACCAAAACCUUACUCUGCACUACACACUAAGCGCCAAUGUAGAGCGGAUCGAGCUACUUCGAUCCCGAUUGAAACCCUAGACAUGUCGAAGUUGAGCUUAUUUGAUGAUGAUCGUCCUUUAUCGGCUAACAAACGGGAGAAAAAUAAAAAUAAUCUCCAUUUGAUAGCCGGUAAAAGGAGGCGGCGUGGGUCCCGCUCUGUUUCCGGGAGGAGCAGUGAUCGGAGCGGGACCCAUCGCCCACGCCGUUGUUGCUCUGUUGGAGCAUCAGCGGCUUAUGGGACUUGUUCUGAUUUUCCUGUAGCUGUUGGGACUGAUUCUAGUGGAGAGUUAUUUGUAAAUGGGGAUAUGAAUUGGACAUUGGAUGUUAGUGAGGUUACUAGGAAUUUGAAGAGAGAGAAAGAAAGUGGUGGGGUUAGUGAGAGAGAGAAUAAUUUGAAUGGUUUGUUCGGGGGACAAAUUGGGAGUUUUGAGGGAUUGGGGAAUGAAUCAGGGUAUGGGAGUGAACCGGGUUAUAGAGGGGAUGCGGAGUUUGGAUAUGGUGAUGAGUUUGAUGAAGAAGAAGAUGAUCAGCAGCGGUUCUCAUUAUGGGGCGACGAAUUUGGAGCACUUUCUAAGAUGGAGAAGGUUGGGGAGAACACAUUACAGAAGGUGCACCACAGAUGUCGGCGGAGGAAACAAGACUGUAAAAUGGUGAUCGCCUGAGGUUGCUGAUGCUGAUGAAUAAUAUUUAUAGUUUUGACUGUAUUGUUGUAGCUGAUUCAAAGAUUUGCCAGUGACAUGUAUGAACGCAUAAUGCAUGAUACCGCCUUUCGGCUAUACAGAUUUUUUGCUGUGUACAAAUAGAAUCAGUAAUUUAUAGGCCAUGAGGAAAUAUAUCAAUAUUGGUUAAA